AUGGGUGGAGGUGCACCGCUGGGAGCUCCCAGCUUAUUUCCCCGGACGCCCAGUCAUCCCGUCGGCCAGCGUAUCAAGAGCAUCUACACCGAUCGUCUGCGUCAGUUCACAGCGCCGGGACAGUAUGAGGGGCAAAAUCUUGUUUCCAAGUUCUUCGAAACCAUCACCACCGACGAAAAUCACAUCAAACUCUCCGUCUACUCCGUCCCCAACCUCGCCCGCCCUUCCUUCGCAGAAGCUACAUCCCACGAUUUCACCCCCACCCACACGGGCGCCUCCUUCGGCCCCAGCUGGUCCACGCACUGGUUCCGCAUCCGCCUCACGAUCCCCCAGGACAUGCGCGACAAGGAACACCUCGAGUUCCACUGGGACGCGAACAACGAGGGUCUCGUGUGGAGUGAGGACGGGCGGCCGUUGCAGGGGUUGACGGGUGGUGGGGAACGGAUUGAGUGGGUUAUCCCUGAUGCGUGGAGGGAUGGGGAGGAACAUGUGUUUUAUAUUGAGAUGGCGUGUAAUGGGAUGUUUGGGAAUGCGCCGGGUGGGGAUAGUAUUCAGCCGCCGAGGGAGGAUAGGUAUUAUCGGUUGGAGACGGCGAGGAUUGUGGCGGUUAAUUUGGAGGCGAGGGGGUUGAAUUAUGAUUUUUGGAUUAUUGGUGACGCGGCACGGGAGUUCCCGAGUGACUCGUGGGAAUCUCAUGAAGCCAAUAUGGUUGCCAAUGCCAUCAUGGAUGCUUUCAUUGCUGGCAACGGAAGUCAGGAGUCAAUCAAGGAAGGACGUCGGAUCGCCAAGAAGUACCUUGGUGACAAGCUUGACUCUUCCGAGGUUUACGAUACCAACGCGCAACCUAUCGUCUACGCCAUUGGACACUGUCACAUUGAUACCUGUUGGCUGUGGCCAUGGGCCGAGACCAAGCGUAAAGUCGCCCGGUCUUGGUCGAACCAGUGUGACUUGAUGGACCGUUACCCCGAGCACCGGUUCACCUGCUCUCAGGCACAACAGUUCAAAUGGCUGAAGCAGUACUAUCCCUCGGUAUUCGAGCGGGUUAGAGGCUGGGUUAAGAAGGGUCAUUUCCAGCCAGUCGGCGGCAGUUGGGUUGAGCAUGAUACCAAUAUGCCCAGUGGAGAGUCUCUGGUGCGGCAAUUCCUCUAUGGGCAGCGCUUCUUCCAAAGCAACUUUGGCGAGCGGUGCACUACCUUCUGGCUUCCAGAUACCUUUGGUUACUCGACUCAGAUUCCCCAGAUCUGCAGAUUGGCAGGUAUGAGUCGCUUCUUUACGCAGAAGCUCAGCUGGAACAAUAUCAACAAUUUCCCUCACACUACCUUCCAGUGGGUUGCCCUCGAUGGCAGCCAGGUCAUGUGCCAUAUGACACCGGCGGAGACGUACACGGCUAGUGCCCAUUUUGGCGAUGUGAAGCGUAGCGUGACCCAGCACAAGUCCCUGGAUCAAGACAACACUUCCCUUCUUGUAUUCGGCAAGGGAGACGGCGGCGGUGGCCCUACCUUUGAGCAUCUGGAGAAACUGCGUCGCUGCCGUGGUCUUAGUGACAAAGUGGGACUGCUUCCUCGUGUAAAGAUGGGCAAUUCCGUCGACGACUUCUUUGCUCAGCUUGAGAAGAAGGCUGCUGAAGGGACCAAGUUUGUGACCUGGCACGGAGAGCUUUAUUUCGAGCUGCACCGUGGUACAUACACCACCCAGGCGGACAACAAGCGCAACAACCGCAAGGCGGAGUUUUUGCUGCGCGAUAUUGAGUUGCUGGCGACCGUUGCCUCCCUGAGGGCACAGUAUAAGUAUCCUAAGGAGGAGAUAGACGACAUGUGGGAGGCUACCCUUCUGUGCCAGUUCCAUGAUUGUCUACCCGGCAGCUGCAUUGAGAUGUGCUAUGAUGACUCGGAUAAACUGUACGCCAAGAUCUUUGAGACCGGUCAGAGACUUAAAGAUGAAGCUCUCAAGGUGCUUUUAGAGGGGGAUGGGCAUAUCAGCAAUGGUCUAGUGGCCAUUAGCACUAUGCCAUGGAGUCGCACGGAGAUCGUCCGGAUCCCUGCCGCAUACGCCACCAACGGCUACACCAAUUACGCCCUAGUUGAAGACAACACCAGCAGUGCCACACAGCUUAAAGCCCUUGAGAGGGAGAAGAAGCCUGUUGUGAUAGUGACAGAAGAUAAACCAGGCGUUUUCCGAUUGGAAAACGAGCAACUGCGGGUCAUCAUUGAAAACGGCGUCAUCACGUCUUUGUUCGAUAUCAAGGCCAAACGCGAGAUUAUCGCAAAGGGUAGCAAAGCCGGUCAGUUGGUGAUCUUUGACGACAAGCCACUUUACUGGCAGGCAUGGGAUGUGGAAGUGUACCACCUUGAGUCUAGAAAGGAGCUUUCUUCUAGCCAGACUUCUAUUGCUGAGGCGGAUCCGUACCAUGCCAGUGUCGUUACCCAGACCAAGAUCAGCGACAAGAGCUGGAUCAAGACAACCAUCAGCCUUGGUGCUUCUGUUGAAGAUCAACCGUCUUAUGUUGAAUUCGAAAGUGAAGUGGAGUGGCAGGAGACCAUGAAGUUCCUCAAGGUGGAAUUCCCAGUAGACAUUACCAAUACAGAGGCGUCGUACGAGACUCAAUAUGGUAUUAUCAGACGGCCCACACAUUAUAACACAAGCUGGGAUAUGGCCAAGUUCGAAGUCUGCUGCCACAAGUGGGCCGACCUCUCUGAAUACGGAUAUGGCGUGUCAAUCCUGAACGACUCCAAGUAUGGCUUUGCAACCAGCGGUAAUCUGAUGCGACUUUCUCUGCUCCGCGCGCCUAAGGCACCGGAUGCCCAUGCAGACAUGGGUCGUCACCACAUCCGCUAUGCCAUUUUCCCACACGAAGGACCUCUGGACUGGCGUACUGUCCGUGCAGGGUACAACUUCAACAACCAGCUUAUCAUCCAACCUUCAUCUGGCGAGGAAUACAAUGUACAAGUUGCCGAGCUUCUUGGCAAUAAAUCUCUUGUUCUUGAUGCGGUCAAGCGAGGCGAGGAUGACGAGGAUGUCUCUCGAGGCGGAUUGCCCGUACGUCCUGGAAAGAGCGUUAUCCUUCGCAUCUAUGAGUCUCUUGGUGGCAAGAGUCGUGGAACUAUUCGGUGUCACUACCCGGUUACGAAGGCUUUCAAGUGCAAUAUACUUGAAGAUGAUGAGGAGGAACUUGUCGUGAGAAAGGAAAGGCCGGCUGAGAUUAAGAUCGAGUUGAGAGCUUUUGAGGUUGCGACUUAUCGAUUGCAGAUCGGUUCAUUCUAG